GCCGGCAAAUGAUGGUUCAAGUAUCAGCUGAAAUCAGAUUUUUAGCUGCAGAGCUGGGUGCUUAUACGUCAGUGUAUAUUUAUAAAUAAAUAAUAAAUAAAAUCUAGCAGUAUGCCGUUUAUGAUUGGCAAAGAUCCUGUGCGACGAACGGUAAAAUAUUUAAUGUCUGGCAAAUUAGUUCUAAAGGAUAAAAUACAGAUUUUAUCGAUUAAUUAUAAUACGAAAGAUAAUCAUCACCAAGGCGCUAGGGAUUUCGUACAUUGGCAUAUGUGCCAAGUACAAUACAAAAAUCCAACUGUACAAAUAGUUACUUUUAGAAACAUGACACCAUCACCAUUCCUGAAAUGUUAUUAUGAGGAUGGCAAGACAAUGCUGAUAGACAUAGAUAGCAAAACUAAAGAAGAAAUACUUGAACAUCUUAUAAGAGUUGUUGGAAAAUCACAGGAUACAUUAGCCAAGGAAGCUAUUGUACAGGAGAAAAAGGAAAAUUCAGCAAAUUUUGGUGUUGGUUGUGAAAAGAGCUGUAUAUGUCACAUCCCUGGACAAGUACCUUGUCCUGGUGUAGUACCUUUACCAGAUCAUAUGCGUGCGAAGAAAAUCUUGGAAAAAUUAAGGAAAUAGACGAAUUAAGGCUAAAAAAGCUAAAACUCAUGCAAGUACCUCAUCAGUGUUUUAAUAAUAAUAAUAAUAAUAAUAAUAUUACAUCAUGUUUUUAUGUAUCUAUGAGUAUGGAUGGAAGUUAAUUUAUACACC